AUGCCAGUCGAGAAUGCUGAGAAAGAGUUUGAGCCGCCUCGUGAGCAGGCGUCAGCAGCCACUUUUGACACGAAUUCUUAUAAUCGGACGGCAGAACCUCCUGUAGAGGAACCAGAUCGCCCAAACACGCCAAACGUCGUUUUACAUGAAGAUGAAGACGGCCACUUUGAGGUUGUUGCAAGUGGUGAAGAAGCUAUUAAGAAGUAUAAUGAUCGUUUUAAGGAAAAAGCACAUCGUAUACCUGCCCGACCUGAUGGAAAAGUUGAGCUAACACAUGAAAUGGCCCACGAAGUUACAGGAUUUGCGUUUCCAGCAUGGAAGAAAUGGUAUAUCCUGUGUGUUGUGUUUCUUGUCCAAGUCAGUAUGAACUUCAAUACGUCCAUUUAUCCGAAUGCGACUGCACUCAUUCCUGAGGAUAAAGACAGGUUCGGAGGCGUUAGUCCACAGGGUGCACGCGCAAGUCAGAUGAUCUUCCUGAUUGCGUACGCGUUUGGCUCAGAACUCUGGGCUCCAUGGAGUGAAGAACUUGGACGGUGGCCCGUCAUGCAACUUUCCCUGUUUCUGGUCAAUAUUACACAAAUUUGGUGUCGAUUUUCGCAAAAUUAUGAUUCCCUUCUUGCUGCUCGUUUCUUCGGUGGGUUGUGCACGGCGGGGGGAAGUGUCACGCUAGGUAUGGUAGCGGAUCUUUAUGAUUCGGACGACCAUCAAUAUGCUAUUGCAUUUAUUGUUCUGUCGUCAGUGAUCGGUACAUCAAUUGGACCGGUCAUUGGUGGAUUGAUGCAAGGCUUUAUGAGCGAUCCUGUUCAUUGCCUCAAUUGGAUUAUUUGGUUGAUGCUGAUCUUCGGUGGUUUUACUCAGCUCGUGCAUGCGCUGACUGUCCCAGAGACGCUUUCAUUUAUCCUGAUUGAUCGUGAAGCUAGGCGGAGACGAAAGGCCAGGCAAGAGCAACUGAACGGCACUUUGAGUCAGAACAAAAAGCGCGGGAUCAGUUUUCAAAGUUUCGAAGAAUUUUGGCUUUCACUCCAUCCUGUGUAUGAUUGGUUUUCUUCGAGGCCGGAACGUACUCCACAACCCGGUGAUGAGAACAUUUACGGUCCAAAUGAGCUGAAAGAGAAUCGGUUUAGUGCUAAAGAAGUUGCAAAGCUUUGGUUCCGUCCCUUCCAUAUGAUUGCAACUGAACCUAUUGUAUUGUUUCUCUCUUUGCUCAGUGGAUUUUCUGAUGCACUCAUCUUCACGUUUGAAAUGUCGUUUGAUUAUGUGUUCAAAGACGGUUGGGGCUUCAAGCCUUGGGCUGUCGGGCUGGCAUUUAUUUCAAUCAAUGUUGGAUAUAUCAUUGCAUUCUUUUCCUUCUUCCCGACUAUUAUGAGUCAAAGACGUGCACGCAGAAUAGACCCUGAUUGCCUUUACCCAGAAGUGCGUUUAUGGUGGCUUCUUUGGCUUGCACCACUGGAACCCAUUGGUUUGUUCGGGUUUGCAUGGUGUUCUUACGGUGAGCCACAAGUUCACUGGAUUGCGCCAUUAAUAUUCGCUGUCCUUAUCGCUAUUGCUAAUUACGCCAUUUACAUGGCCACCAUUGACUAUAUGGUUGAAGCAUACGGAGAAUACUCUGCUUCCGCUACCGGUGGUAAUGCGUUGGCUCGUGAUUUACUCGCAGGUAUUUCAGCCAUGUAUGCUGUGCCAAUGUAUGAAAAGAUUUCGCCCAGUCUGUCUUAUCAAUGGGCAAGUACGUUUCUUGGAUUUGUUUCUAUUGUGGUUAUCAUUCCUAUCUACGUCUUUUAUUGGAAGGGACCACAGAUACGUGAGCGCUCUCCCUUCUCUUUGGAAAUUCUCAAACGAAGGAAAGAGGAGCGUCUCCGUGCGAAAGGCGAAAUGGAAGAAGACUCGGACGCAAACCAAAAGCCUGGAGAAAAGACUGGUGCUUCCUUGGCUUGA